AAGCACGUCCCACUCAGUUCACUUCGCUAAGUAAGCUCAUCUGAAGCCAAACCCGAAAGAGAUCACACACUCGCCCGACUGAACUGAACCCCGAACAAGCGUAGAAAUGGCAAACCGCUCGCCAAAGCUGCUUCUGGUACUGUCCCUGCUCUUCGCCGUCGCGUCGAGCUCGGAAGGCUCGCUCUUGCCCUUCAUGGAAGCGACCACCCGGCCGGGACUCGUAGGCAGCUUCCUAAGCGAUCCCUUCUGGGCUGACCCGUUCCGGGUCCUGGAGCAGGUCCCCUUCGGGGCGGACCCCCUUUUGAGGGACGCUGCCGAGGUUCCGGCGCCGGCGAGGGUGGACUGGAAGGAGACGCCGGAGGGGCACGUGAUAAGGAUGGACGUGCCAGGGCUGAAGAGGGAGGAGAUCAAGAUCGAGGUGGAGGAGAACCGGGUGCUCCAAUUGAGCGGCGAGAGGAAAAGAGAGGAGGAAGAAAGAGAAGGCGAUCACUGGCACCGGGUGGAGAGGUCGUACGGCAGGUUCUGGAGGCAGUUCAGGCUGCCGGAGAACGUGGACUUGGACUCGGUGAGGGCGAAGCUCGAGGACGGCGUGCUGACGGUGACGAUGGCCAAGUUGGCCCCCGAGAAGAUCAAGGGUCCGAGGGUGGUCGGCAUUGAAGGAGAAGCAGGGGAAGAGCCACCGAAGAUCAAGAGCGACGCCAAGCAAGAACUCUGAGAGAACGAAUGAAAAAGUUGUUGUUGUGAACCGUGACGUGUGAAUGGGGAAUGCGCAUGUUUACGCAUAUAUGUGCGUGGUAAAUUUCGCUCGCUGAACUUCCACGAAAGCCAUGGACAUGAAGUAGCAAUAAAGAGUUUUAUGUCUGUA